UUGCUGCCCAUUAGUGCGUGAACAGUACCAUGAACAGUAAUUGCAACUUCUAGAAUUUGGCAAAACAAUAGCUAAUUUCACAGGAUUUUUCUCCAAAAUCUCAUAGCAGUCAAUUAAUACUCAAUCACAUAAAUUCUAUUUGAAUUAAUGCUUAAAUUUGUUCUAAUGCUACCGGAAUUCAUCCCCUAAUUCAACAAAAAUAUCCGGACAACAUAGGAGCGGCAAUUCAUGGAUAUAGUACUAGUUAGGGAUUUUAAAACUACUUUUAUAUAUGGGUGAUCAAAUGUAUCAUGAGGACUUUUGAGUUGGCCUCCGGUUUGAAAAUUAAUUAUGGGAAGAGUCAGAUAGUGGUGGUUGAAGCGGAGGAAGGAUGGAUUGAGAAAAUGGCAUACAAGUUGAGUUGCAAGGUGGGAGAGUUACCAAUGAAAUACCUGGGAAUUCCUAUUGGUGGGAAUCAUAGAAAACUAGCAAUGUGGCAGCCAUUGGUGGAUUCUUUCAAAAGGAAACUAGCUAGCUGGAAAGGUCGGCAUCUCUCUCUUGCAGGUCGGGUCACGCUCAUUAACUCUAUGUUGUCUAGCUUGCCUGUGUUCCUGAUGUCAGUCUACCUCAUUCCAAAAGAUGGGAGAAGGGUGGGCUCGGUAUGGUGGAGAGAUGCUCGUGCCCUUAAUAUGGGGGACGGAAUGAAUGUCGGGUGGUUGUCGGAGGGAUUUAGGAUUAAGGUAAGAGAGGGGAAAAGGGUGAGUUUCUGGUGGGAUGAGUGGUGUGAGGAAGGUUGCCUUGCUAAUAAGUUUCCUAGAUUGUAUUUACGGUCAACAGGAAAAGAGAAGGAAUGCUAUCAAAUGGGUAACACUCAAAGCGGCACAUGGAAAUGGAACCUAUCAUGGAGAAGAAUCCUAUUUCAAUGGGAAGAAGAGGAUGCAAAAGAACUUUACAAGAUGAAAGAAGAGGUGAAGAUAUACCCAGGAUGUCUAGAUGAAUGGGAAUGGAGGCAUAGUAAGGAUGGCCUAUACUCAACAUCAAUUGUAAUUCCAACCAAACUGAAUUUGUUCAAGAGAGGAGUCAUCAAGGACAUGGGAUAUGGAAAGUGUACAUUGUGUGAGGUUGAGAACGAGGAUAUUAAUCAGUUGUUUUUGAAUUGCAAUGUAGCUAGGUGGUUAUGGGUGGCUUGUGCUAAAUGGUGGGCGAUUACCAUCAAGUUAGACAAGGAUUGUAGGAAAACCUUUGAAAGGUUCGGGACAUGGACCAAACAUCCAAGCAUCAAAGAAGGAUGGGACAGCAUCUGGAACACAUUGGUUUGGUUCGUGUGGCUCGCACGAAAUCAAAAGAUUUUCCAAGAUUCGGAGGCGAAUAGGGGAUCCAAUUUCAUGCCUUACUAUUAACUGUGGGGGGAAUAAGUAAAUUAGAGAAUGAUAGGUUUGAAAGAUGGGGGUAACUUGAAUUGGCUUGUAUUUUUGUAACUUUGUAAAUGGGUUUGAGUACCCCUUGUACUCAGUUUAUUAUUAAAAAUAGUAUUUGGCU